CAAUUAUGCAGGUUCAAAUUUUAAUUUCGGUAGUCUUGUAAUAAUAGUAAAUGUGCAAAAUACUAUAUUUGAUUCUAUGUGCUAGAAACUGUUUAAGUUGUUAAAAUGUUUUAAUCAUUCUUUACAUUUCUACAAUAUUCGAUAGAUCUAAAUAAACAUAAUGGAAAUUGCCAGUGCAAAGGCACGUCACCAUAGAGUGGUGUUGUGUAUACUUGGAGCUAGCAAUUUGGCAUCACUUUUGGCAGCACUUCACCUUGUUAUUCACCUUAAUCCAGAAGAUAGAAUAUCAAUAAAACGCGGAACAGCGCUGACACUGCUCGGCUUCGUCUAUUUUAUGACACUGUUCGAACUAUUUAACGUAGCGGCUCUCUUCACUAGUCUCGGAGCGAGGUUUAGACACAAGUUCAGAUUGAGUUCGGGCGAUGUACUCGAUAUUACAAACAAAUUAGUAUCAGCUGUGCAAGCAGCGUUUUCUUGUGCGACGGGCGUGGUAGUCUGUCUGUGGUCAUGUACAAGAGAUCUGAUGCGGUCCUCACAUUACAUUUCUGAAGCCUACGCGUGGUUUGGUGCGGCCUAUUUCUUUUAUGACAUAUGGUCUAUGUAUAUGGUACACGUACACAUGACCACUAACUCGAACCGCCCACAAACCACGAAGCAGUAUCUUCCAUCUGGUGAUGCUUUGGAGCCUCCGAAGAAACCCUCAUUUUUUGCCUACUGCAAACAUGAGCCAGUGAUUCUGAUGCACCAUCUUUUCAUUGGUGCCUUCGGAUUUUUAGUCAUUGUCUACUUCCGCGGUGGGUUGGGCGAUUGUGUAUUCGGAUUUGUUUACCUCAUGGAGCUAUCCACUCCAUUCGUUUCGCUUCGUGGCAUUCUCUCCCGUCUUCAACUCAAAAAGUCUCCAGUUUACGUGUACAAUGGUCUGGCGAUGUUGGCCACCUUUCUGGUGUGUCGUGUACUGAGUCUGCCGUAUGUGUGCCUGCUCUACAGUCGGGCUGCUAGUAUGACGUAUUUUGAGGCUAUAAAAUCCCUACCCACGGGUUGUAAGAUAUCCAUCUGCAUCUUACUCUUACCCCAGAUUUAUUGGUUCUACCUCAUGUCAGCUGGAGCUGUGAAACUCUUCUUCAAUCGAAUCCCCGUUAAACGUAGUUGAUCAUACAAUAUUCCUCUGCUUUAGAUUUUAGGACGUUUAAUGCGCGUAUGAUGCUCGCAUGCGUUAAUAUAUAAUGUAUUCGCAAAAACCAUGUUGAGCGGUAGGCUUAUAUUACAAUACAAAUAACCUAUAAACGCUAAUAAUAUACACGUUAAAAUACGGGCUCAUACGCUGCCAACGUAUACGUACAGUUUGUGACUAUUUCGAAUGUUACGCCAUAUACGUGAGAGGUCAAUACGUUAAACCUUAAAAAGGAGAUAAUGGACAUUUGAGAAUAUCUUAUGGUAAUGCUAGUCUGACGGUAUAUUAAUUGAGAAUUUAAUAUUUCUGUUUUUUUUUUAUAUUAUAUAUAGGCCAAUCAUUUUCUUAUUUGUCUUUCUUAAUGAAUCUGAAUUCUAUCUAGUUCUUGCAUGAUAAAAUAUUUAUGAUAAUGACUACGAGGUUCCCGCAUUGUAUUAUUUGUUAGUAGCACAAAUCGUCUACAUUGAAUGAUAGUGGAUAGUCGAACACGCAUUCCCUCGUUUGCGUUAACUGGCGCUUGUAUGCUACGUAAAUUUUAUGCGUUGUGUUUGACAUUUCUCGUAUAGUUUUCAAAUAUUUCUUAGUAUUUUCUCGUAUUUUUAUUACACGAUGAGCUUACAAAGUUCAUCAAUCUGAGCUUAUAUGAUCGAAUAUUAACACUGUUAAUCAUAGACUAUUAUUUCUGGUUACCGAUAAUUGAAAAUAUACCAAUUGUUAUAUUGUAUAUAAAACUCAUUAAUGUGAACAUUGAAGUCACUAAUUUUCUCCUGUUUCAAACUAUAUGGAGUAUGAAAUUAGUAUAAGGCUUUUUAUGGUAACAAAGUUCAAAGUCGUGUCAUAUAUAUACAUAAUACGUAUAAGAAAAUGGUUUAAGAGGCUCUGCAGUUAAGAAUUACGACCGGAUAGUUAAUUGGAGUUUUCACCUUGAAAUAAUAAUUUUCAUGUAAUAGUUAUAUACAAAUUCGUCAAAAACAAAAUUCGAAAUUGUGAAACAAUAUUAAUUGUUACUGAAUUAAAAUGAUUUUGGAUCUUCUGUAAUCAACGAUUAUAAUAAUUUACGUUAAAAAUCCUUAUAAAUGAUACAGAUUUCGAAAUUUUCAAUGGCUAACGUAUUAACGAGCUCGCUAACGAGCAUUAACUCAACUUAGAUAAGGCAUCUAUUGAACUUGGACCUGUAGAGGCCGAAUGAGACUUUGAAUAGCAAUUGCUAGUUACGAGCCGUAGUUUUAGCCUAUAAAAGAAGGGCUGUGAUCGAUUCCAGGCCAUGAAAUGUACUUUCUACAUAGGAAGCUAGGACAUUUACGAACGUAAAUUCUUGGACGUAAGACAAAUCAGCAUGGUGCAUAUAGAAAUAGUUGUUUCACAACAAAAAAGACAAUCGAUUUUGUAUUACUUUAAUCCUAAUUAACUGUAUGAGUCAAUUAGAGCUUAAAUAUUAUUCGUUGUUCACAAUUAAAUUACUAAAAGUAUAGGCCUAGUGUUUGUUAAAAAUUCAUAGAUUUAUUCUGUUUUCAUAUUUUUGAGUAAAAGAGUAUAUUUAUGAUGGUGUACGUGUGUUGUAUAAGAUUUUUAACCAAUACAUCUCAUUAAUUAAAAAUAAUUUGACGAUUUAAACAUACAUCAUAGUUAUAUGCUGAAUGUGUUUAUAUAUUGUUGGGGAUUUUGCUUUGACAAUUAAAACGAGGUACAAUGAUUGCUUGUUUUUAACUGGCAACUUGAUUUAAUAUAAUUUGUUACGAUGGCUGUGUAGGCAUGUCCAAGUUUUGGUUAUGGUUGAUAACACGGGUUUGGAUAAUAGGGGUAAAGGAAUUAAUGUGAGUUAGUAUCUAAAUCUUACAUUGUUUUUAAUGCUAUGGUGUUUUGUGAAAUUUGAUAGUUCCAGUAUUUUCAUUUAUUGCGUUUGCUUAAAUUUAUAUUAUUUUACUUUGAAUAGCAUCGUUUUUUACACUUUAUAUAAAUCUCAAUACCAUUUAUUGUGAUAUUAUUUUAAAUGACGCACAACACUACCAGUGUAGUAUAGGAUAUUCAUAUAAGAAAACAAAGAUUAAACCCAAGCAUCCAUAGUCAAGGCAAGUUAAGAAUUCCUAAUCUUUCAAAACCACAUUUUAUUAAUUUUAGAAAAGCAAUGACUUAAAACCAAAAUAUCUCACAUAGGGAAGGGCAGUUAAAUUCAUAUUAUUUCAUAUGAUCAAUAUUAGCCGUAUUUAUAAGAAUAAUUCUUCCAUUACAUCCCAAGUCGAUGAGAGAUGAUGAAGAAGAUGGAGGAGUUCGCAUAAAACUUGUCUUUGUAUAUUAUCUGCAAUUCGCUGUCAACGUCAAAGCUUGUAGAUAAUUGAUUUUUAAAAUAGUUAGCCUUGUUUUAUACUGUUUGAUGUUACAACGUACUUUCACGUUGGCCACUAUUUAUUGAUAUAACGGGUAUAUACGAGGUAAAGUAAUUGGAAAUGUCUUAUGAAUAUUUGUAAAUCUAUCGUAAGGUUGCUUUACCAACCUGCCUAUAAAGCUUUUUUAUUUAAACCGAAUAUAAAUAUUAUAUUGUAGCAAAGUUAAUGCCUAUAAUCUUUAAUGUUGGUAAAGCAAUUUUCUGAGUGUAGAACAAUGUGCUAGGUCUCUAACGAUAGAUUAAUGUCUAGAACGGUGCUUUAUCGUGUUGUAGUUGUAUUGGAUGUUUAGAGCUAACUUUGCCCCAAUCUAAUAAGCUUGUUAAAUUAUUAUUAACUAGACGAAAAAUCAUUUCAAAAAAUUUUCACGUACUAUCAACAAUGUUGCGCCAUUUCAAAAUGUCUAGUAAUUUCUAAAUAAACCAUCGAUUUUGCCUGUGGUACAUAUAUUUUUGAGAUGGGUGUUCGUAUUCUUACGCGGUUGAUUUAUUUUUAGUAAUUAAAUAAAAAAAAAUGGCUCGAAAAAUUAAUAAUAAAGCGGAAUACUAAAUAUUCAAUUCGGGUAAAGUUAGCGAUUUGUAUUUGGUAUUAGAUCUGAGUGGGUUUAGGUGACGUUUUCCUCCAUGAUGAUACUUCCACUUUUAACUUUGCAUUUUAUAUUUUUAUAUUAUUUUAUCAAUAUAUGUUAAAUGGAUUUUAUACCAUUGCAUUUUUUCACAUUAAACAUAAUUUAACGGUUGCCAAUAGAUAUAAAAGCAAGAUUCCAUCUAAUAUUAAUUUACAGCUGUGAUUGCGUUAAUUUUAAUUGAAAAUAUAAAACUGUAUAUGAUACAAUCGUGGACGGAAAAAAUAUUGGAAUGUAAAAAUUAAAACAUUUAUUUUAUAGUACUAAAAUAGUAGUGUUUAGUCGCGUUAUUCCAAAAUUACCAGAGAGCAUAAAAAACAUUGAAAAGCUAAUGCAAUAAUGCCAAAUAACAUGACAUCUGAAAUUGUAUACAAACAAAUAAAUUUUUAUUAGUUCCAAUAUUUUUCACGUUUUGAAUAAUAUAAAGAUUCGAAGUAUCGCUUUUUAUUUAAAUGUUAUAUACUAAUUUAGUAUCGACUAUUGAAGGAGGCCUUUAAUUUUAUUUAUUUUGUGGAUGUUUUAAUAAAAUAUGUAUAAUGAA